AUCAAUUUAGUUAGCGAAGUAGGGUUGUAGUGUGAGUGAGGAAGAGCAUUGCUUCCAAAGUAACCGCCAUUCCUGAGAAACCCCCUCACGGAGGCGCAGCCAUGCCGGUAACCAAGCGGAAGCACAGGGACGAAACCAGCCACCGCAGAGGCCACUCCAAGCCCAGCAGGAAUGCCAAGAAGAAGAAGAAGACGGGCCCUCGUUUGCCCUCCUCGUUGCAGAAGCAGCUGGAGCGCUUAAACCCUACCGUUCCCAUUGAAAGCGACCAAGAUAUCGAUUCAGCUGACGGUGACGCCGCAGAACGCGAUCUUCUCCCCCAUGAUUUUUACGAGUAUGAGGAACAACGGGCCGAGGAGGAGUCCAAGAAGAACAAGCGCUACGAUCCUGGUUCCGUCGAUAACCUCCAGCUCCCUAUUGACCGUUCUGAUGAAUCCGAGGAUGAGAGUAUACAAUCUGAUGAUGAUAACGAGGAUGAUGAUGAUGAUGAUGGGUUGAAAAGGACUGGAGGUGCUGCUGAUGAUGAUUCUAGCGAGGAAGGUGAUGGAAGGCAUACAAGGAUGUUACAAGGAAUUACUGGUAUGCCAAGUGAGGCUUUUGAAGGCAAGAAGAAGAGGAAGAUGAAAGAUGAUGUUAUACCAGAGCUAUAUCCGGAGUCUGAAUAUAAUCCUAGUCGUGAUGUUGUGGAUGGUGAUGGACAAAUUAGCAUCGAUGACCUUUUGAAUCCUCUUCAGGAUAAUCCUGGUUUUGGAAAACUUAGGAAAAGAAUACAACAAAUUGAGAACAAUUCUAAGCCUAUACAUGCACCGCUUCGAACGGCAGAUCAAGCAAAGGUGGAGAGGAAGGUAGCUUAUGAAAUAUCAAAGAAAGAGGUCACAAAGUGGCAGCAAAUUAUUCAGAGAAAUAGAGAAGCACCAACUCUUUUAUUUGAUGAGAAUGUAGAUUUAGGGUUUUCAACUGUAGGGGCAAUAGCUUCUGAAUUUGAACCCAGAACUGAAUUUGAGAGGAAAAUGGCUGCACUAGUUUCUGAUGACAAAGUUAUGGAAGCUCAUAAAAAGGAUGGUUCUAGGCUUCUUGAGAUGAACAUGGUCUCUGUUGAAGAAGAAAAGGAUAGGCAAAGCCGUAUUGCUAAAAUGCGGAGCCUUCUUUUCCGUCAUGAAAUGAAGGCAAAGCGUCUCAAAAAGAUCAAGUCCAAAACAUAUCAUCGUUUGUUGAAGAAAGAUAGAUUGAAGACCGAAGCUUCUAAGAUUCAAAUGGACCCUGAAGCUGCUAAAGAAUUUGCCAUGAAACAAGAGCGCCUGAGAGCUGAGGAGCGUAUGACACUCAAACACAAAAACCAGAACCGGUGGGCUAAGCGUAUCUUAACACGUGGUUUGAACAGCCAAGAUGAAGGAACUCGUGCUGCCAUAGCUGAACAACUUCAAAGGCAUGCUGAACUGACAAGAAAAAUGCACUCUAUGAAGGAUAGCAGCAGCAGCAGCAGUGAUGACAGCAGUGAUGAGGAUGCUGGAGAUUCUGGUUCUGAUCAGGACAUGGCUUCCAAGGUUUUGAGAAAAGCAAUAGAAAAGACAAAGAAAGUGAUAGAGGAAGAUAAUGAAACUCCCAAGUCCGGGUUGCUUUCUCUUCCUUUCAUGAGGCGUGGAUUGGAGAAGAGAAAAGAGGCAGUUGUUGAAGAAGCCAACCUUGCUAUUCAAGAAUACAAGGAUUCCAAGAAUAAGCUGGAGAACUCUGUCGGCUCAGAAGACCCAGAAACCACUUCUAUCAGUGGCAGAAGAGUGUUUGGAGCAUCUAAAACCCAUAUCUCUGAUGCAGGUAAUAAGGUGAAAUCAGAUUACAAUUACGGUAGCAGUGACAGUGAGGAUGACAUAAGGGCCAGCAAAAAUGGCAAUAUAGAGACUGGGGGAAGUAACAUUUUGCAGAAAGAUGUGAACAGUGAUUCAGUCUUGAUUCAAGAAGACACUGAUAAUCAUCAGGAAUCUGUAUUUAAGGACUUUAAUGAGAUUGUCAAAAAUCCUGGGCCAAAAACGACAUAUGAAGUUUCCUUAUUUGUAUCAGAUACAUGGAAAAAGGCUAAAAACAGAAAUGAAGGCGGCACAAAUGGCAAGAAGUCUGCAAUUGCUGCAGGACCUGUUAGGCAAGAUAUAAAAGAUACUGUAAAAGAAGCUGAAGAGGAUAGUGAUACAGAUAGUUCAGGACAGAUGGUUGACGGAAUUCUGACUGCUGGUUCCAAUCUAUCUUAUGAGCUUCCUUCUCAGGAAGAGCUCAUUCGGCAAGCUUUUGCGGGGGAUGAUGUAGAAGAUGAGUUUGACAAGUAUAAGAUGGAGAUUCUCAAUGAAGAAAAUCCCGAGCCAGAAAAGCCUGUAUUACUUCCUGGCUGGGGGCAAUGGACGCAUGUACAGAAAAAGAAAGGUUUACCAUCUUGGAUGCUGAAAGAGCAUGAAAAUGCCCAGAAAAAGAGGGAAGAAGCUAUUAAGAAGAGAAAGGAUGCUCGGCUAAAAAAUGUGAUAAUCUCUGAAAAGAUAAAUAAGAAGGCUGAGAAACUCCACACAAAAGCAUUGCCGUUUCCUUUUACUUCUAAAGAGGCUUUUGAACAGAGCAUGCGUGUCCCCAUUGGACCAGAAUUUAACCCGGCAACUGCAAUCGGACCUCUUACCCGGCCUGAAGUGGUGAAGAGACCAGGUGUUAUCAUAAAACCAAUAGAGUUUGAGGAAGUGAAUCCACAUGGAAAACCAGAGCAACGGGGUGGAGAUAAGCAUAGAUCCAAGAAAAAUAAAGGCAGUGGUGGCAGAUCCAUGAAGAAAACAACGGUUUAGUGUAAAAUUUAAUCGUCAGGGAGUUUUGAUUCCGUUCCCUGUUCAAUUUAUUAUUUCAAUUUUUCAGUAUCUAGGAGUACAAUACAAUGAAUGUAGUGAUGUAUUUUCCGAGUUAAAAAAGGAAGAGCCCUAUACAAAGAGAAACAUAAGAGGGGGAGGUGGGGCGGGAAAUAUCUCGUGUAUUAUUUAUUUAGUGAAAUUUUUUCAAUCUAAUGCUUAAUGAGAAUUUUACUUAUUUGUAAUUAUGUAUGA